CUGAGCGCUCUGGGUCGCGUUCCAGCUCGCCUCGAGUCGCCCCUCCCAUUCUCGUUAAAACUCUCCCUUCCAUUCGCCAAUAAAGCGCUUUUGUCUUGGGGUCGGGAAGCUUAUGGGCUCUCGCCGGACACUUGAAGCGCAUUCCUCGACGUGGAGCUUUCAACCACUCGCUAGACACGGGUGGCUGAAGAGUUUUAAUGUAUUUUAAUAACUUUCUGCUGUUGCACAGUUUCGGGGACUUCUGACAGAGUGCACCACGGACGACUAAAGGAUUUCGAACUGUUUACUGUUCUACGUGGGUCCUCUUGGAUAAAAAUAUUAUGUAGCACACAUUUCUGAGUGCGCCGCAACUCAAACUUUACGCAGAGAACUGAACAGGCCCACCACAAGAAAAGGGCCUGCUCAGGCCACAUCCCAACAUGCUAUCCCAGCUCUCACUACCAGCCUGAUGGAUGGCAGGAGAUUUUAUUCCUUCAAACGGGCGCUUAACGAAUGUCAGGCUGAGAGAGGAGAGAGAGUGACUCCAGUGGCACCAUGAAGGCCUUCUUCCUCCCUCCACUGACGCCCUUCCUCCUUCUCCUCUUGCUCCGGCUCCCCGGCAGGACUCUGGCCAGCGACUGUCCCCAGGACUGCACCUGCUCCACCCCAGAAUCCAUCUUCUGUUUCCAGCGCCGCUCUGCCACCAUACCUCACGGCAUCCCGGAACCCACCAAGAACCUCUACCUCUUCGCCAACGGCAUCGAGACCCUGGCAGAGGAAGACUUUGUGGGGAUGGAGAGCCUGGAGAUGCUGGAUCUGAGUCAGAACAAAGUCACGUUACUGCCCGACCGGGUGUUUGAGCCUCUGACUUCCCUGAGGAACUUGGACCUCUCAGCAAACCAGAUCACCCAUCUGUCAGAGGAGAGCUUUGCGGGCAUGGCCCUACUGGAGAGGCUGUACCUCUACAGCAACCACAUCCGGACUAUACACCCUGCCGCCUUCCACGGCCUGGAGCAGCUGCUGGAGCUCAAGCUGCAGGGAAACCAGCUCACCUCGCUCCCCGCCCUAGCCAUGCCCAGACUGCUGCUGCUGGACCUCCGCUUCAACACCCUCCCAUCCCUGGGGUCAGCCGACCUCCAGAUGCCCAAUCUGGAGUCUCUGAAGUUGGCCGGCCUGGGCCUCGAAAGCCUGAACGAGGACCUGAUGGCCAGCCUGGGGAACCUCCACGAACUGGACAUCUCUGGCAACGAGCUGGGCUCCUUCCCCCUGGCGCUGAGGGAGGCCCGGGGCCUGAUCUACCUGAGCCUGGCCGGGAACCCCAUGGGCCCACUGAAGCUGGAGGACCUGAAGAACCUGAGCGAGCUUCAGGAGCUGGACAUCAGCAACCUGAGUCUGCAGGGCUUGCCUGACGGGUUCGCACAGCUUUUCCCUCACCUGACUAAGCUGACGGUGGCUGAGAACCCUUUCAACUGCCUGUGCACCCUGGCCUGGUUCCCUGGGUGGCUCAGGAACCAGGGGGUGACUCUGGGCAGGACGGAGGAGACCCGCUGCCACUUCCCUCCCCUCAAUGCUGGGAAGGUGCUGGAGAGGUUGGAGCACAGGGAGUUUGGCUGCCCCACCACCACUACUGUCACUGCUAGCACAGUCAGAACCAGCACCACCAUGCCCCUUCCGGUCACCACCCUACCUAGCACCUCCCCAGCCAUCCCUCCACCCGGGCCCAGCGAGGAGGACAUCUCAACUGGGACAGACAGCCAGCCCCUGCUCCCCGUCCCUGCCUCUCCCAGCAGCAGCAGCCAAGACCCAGAGGUGGACUUCUUCUGCCCCUCCCAGACCUGCUUGAAUGGGGGCACCUGUCGGCUGGACGGGCAAGGCCAUCUGGAGUGCACCUGCCCUCGUGGCUUCUACGGCACCUAUUGCGAGAACCGCCACCCCCCUCCUGAUCAGGACCACAAUGACAACAACAAUGACAUUUCCACGGCAACUGUCACCGCCGACACCCCCGACAUCAGCUCGCGCCUGGUGACCAGCUCCUCCAUCCUGCUGGACCUGCACCGCUACAUCAAGGUCCGGCCCUACAUCCGUGGCAUCCGUCUGACAUACCGCAACCUGUCGGGGCCCGACCGGCGUCCCAUGCAGCUCAGCGUGCCCGCUUCCUACCCGGAGUACACCCUGAGGGGGCUGCGGCCCAACUCCACCUACACGGUGUGCGCCAGCCCGCUGGGCGACCUCAGCGGUGGGGACAGCGUCUGCACGGAGGCCCACACAGCGUCCCAGCAGCACACUGCCACAGGGAGGCAGGUGGAGGACAAGAGGCUGACCACCAUGCUGGUGCCGGCUCUGGCCAUCCUGCUGCUCCUAGUCCUGGUUGCAGCCGCCGUGGGGGUGGUGUGCUACAUAAGGAGGAAACGGGCCAAGGGCCACCUGGAUCUGGAGUGUGAGCCAGCCCAGCUGGAGCUGGAGGGAGUCAAGGCUGGUCCCAACAUUGGAGGGGCGAUGCCCCAAAAGCAGCCGGAGCCGGCUGUGGUUCAGAAUGGCGGCCUGGAGUACGAGGUGCUGCUAAUACAGGAUCAUUGCACGCCGUACAACAACAUGGCUCUCUCUCAUAAGCCCUCUUAUUUCUGACACCCAUCUCUGUUGCUACUCAGACCCAGAGGGUAAGACUAAGUACCUCUAGCUACUCCUUCCCUCACGAACUAGACACCAGCUAGAGUUGUUGGUGACAGUGGAGGAGAAAGAGAGAGGACCGGCCAGCCAUGUGUCAGCAAUUGAGAAACGGAACAAAUACUUAACUGUGCAGACAUUAAAAUAUGUUUGAAAGGAUUACUUGAAAAUAAGGUAGCCUUUUUAAGUGCCUUUAUUCUUAUUUCCACACCUCCUGCUUUGUUUCUACAAUCACAUUGCUGGACUGGCGCCCCGCGGCUCGCUACUGAGUGCGCCCAGUCUCCACAGUAGGUCAAAGGUCAAGCGAGGCUGGGCCAGGCAGAGAGACAACAGGGUCAUAGUGACCUAAUCCCUGCUGUGUCUACUCUAAAAUGGGCUCUGCACUGAAAUGGGGGUGUAUUGCUGUGCACCCCUUGUGAUAACUGAACUAUGUAAAAAGAGUAGAAGCAAUUAUUUUGCUCCGUAGCACCUCAGCACUACCCCAGUGGUGCUUGCUGUGAAUGACAUCCGAGUCACCAAAUGAAGAGAACUGUUUUCAGUAAUUUAAAAGCAAGGUGGCUGACAUUUACCAUGCUUUGUUUCGGCUCUAUUGCUUAGUGAAAUUGUCAUUUUUCUGUUGUGUUUGUAAAUGUUUUUAUACUCUUGCUGUUGUUGUUUUUCUGUAAGUACGUGACUGUAACCACCUUUCCAUCCCCUCCCAACUGCUUGUGAUUUAGCAGACAGAUUAAACCCCAGAUUAAAAUCUUUGAAGAUUAAAACUCGUUUGUACCAACGAAGUCAAUCAAAGGCUUUACCCUACGAAUGUCAGACAGUCUAAGCAGCUGUAGGUCUGGGCAGACUUACUAAAUCCCCUCUCCAUUCUCUGGCCUUCAACACCCCCGCUCCCCACACAAAAAGCACCGAUAAACAGUUUCAGUUGGCUGAAACCUUAACAUUUGUUUCUGUGCUGCAGCGAACUUCAAACAUCCCCCGAGCCUGCCUCAGAUUAACCACACACACAUGAUUACCACAGAGAGGAGAAGGGGGAAAAAUAAACAGUUAAUUUCUAAAGGCUUUAUUCAUUGUUUAUGUCCCCAAGAGGGAACACAGUUCUUUCAGUAAACCGCAAUUCACAAGAACGCACUUGUUAGCCUAGCCUAGUUUAGCCUAGCCUCAGAGAUAGAUGCUUGUGGAUUUCCCUCAGGCAGAAUUAGCCUCUAUGGUGCUUUGUUGUGCACCAUUAACUGGUCUUUGGAAAACGAGGGUCCCCCGUCUUGCUCACUUGCAGCCAAGCAGACUAUGAAAAGUCCAAGCGUAGCAUAUAGUUGAAGGUUUUAUAUGGGCUCUGUCUGGGACGAGGGACAUUGAGGACUUGUAUUUGGAAAAAAGUUGUACACCAAACUAGAAUAUGCUGAAACACCAGUGUUGAGAUUCAAAUCUCAGAAUGUGAAAACAGUCUAAGUAACUUUUAUGUGUCUGGCGCUAACCUGCCUGCCCCGAUGAGGAUCUCAGUGCCGACUACAGUAUGAAGAUCUCUGGCGGUAAACAGCUCAGUGAUAAUGUGGCAGCAUGUCCCGUCUUGUGCACAGAGAGGCAGACAUCAAGUCACUGUCAUGCUUCAGUAGUACUGUAUCCCCCACUAAAAACACACACACACACACACACACACACACACACACACACACACACACACACACACACACACACACACACACACACACACACACACACACACACACACACACACACACACACACACACACACACACACACACACACACACACCUACUCCAUCCACUACAUUUAAAGACAUUCUCCAGUACUUUUGUAUAGUUUUUAGCCAGUAGUUCUGAAAGCAGCAUUCAUGAGACAAAAGUGGUCCCUGCGUACUACAUCGCAUAUGUGCAGAUAUGUGCCCCAUGUAAUUUAUCUUUCUCGUUCUGCUGUGUGUGCAUCUAGCUAGCUGUCGCUCAAAUGGCAAGGGGCUAAAGCUCAUUGGCUAGAACUUGAAUUGCUUGGGGGAAAAUGUAGAGAAAAUGGCGCAGCACAGCUUAGAGAAAAAGUUCAUUUUAAACUAGUCAUUACAUGGCUAACUGAGGUAAAACAGUCAUUCUGUGAAUAGAGUAUGCAUUUUUGAACUACAUAUUGACACAUCGAGCCCAAAGUGGGAGGUUUAACAAAUACUUAGCAGUCGCUAAAGUUCCGAAGCAUGUCUUUAAAAGUAUUAAAACCUCCUGAAAUGGGCAUGUCAAGACAAGGGUUCCCUCUUCUAACAUGCUUAGUGACCAGGCAGUGUACAUGAUGACUAUUAUUUUAGUGAAGACAACACAGGAGAUUAAGAUUGGAAGGAGGGAAGGGUUGGUGGAUGCUGUCUACCACUAAAUCUUACACCAUCUAAACAAAUAGGCCUCAAUAUUUAACACUUAAAAUUACAUCUGUUUAAAGUGUGUAAAACUACCAAAAUAACUUAACUGGAAUACUUAGUUUUACAAUACAAAAACAUUGAAAAUAUCCAGAAAUAUUUUUGAUAUUAUUACUAUUUUCCCUGUUUAUUUUGGGAACCAUUGUUGUUAUUGUUCGUCUCUUUCCAUGUCCUUUAGAAUUAAGUGAACAUAUUUUUAUGACCAAAAAACACAAUGUUGACAUUAUUAAAAAGUUUAAAUAAAAACUGAAAACAAA